AAAAAACGUGUCUUUGGAUUCUUGUAGCUAAAUCGUGCUUGCCAGCUUUACUCUUACUCGGUAAUGAAGGCAACAUAUAUAAAUCAUUUUGGAAUGAACCCAUACACAAAAUAGUAAGGAAGAUUGAAAUUUGACAAAAGGGGUUCAUUGCACGUUCAUUUUGUUUUCUGGGUAGGAAGAUUUUUUUCAAUCAAAGAUUGAUUCAGUGAGAAAAUAUGUCGGUGGAUCCAUUGCUGAUGCUGAUUUUCAUCAGCACCUGCGCUCUUGUCAUCAAUGGUGACACAGAUCCAAAUGAUGCCGCUGCUUUAACACUUUUGUUUCAAAGUCUGAACUCACCAGCCCAGCUAAAUUGGCCUGCCAAUGGUAAUGAUCCUUGUGGACAGUCUUGGAAAGGCAUCACUUGCUCAGGCAACCGAAUCACAGAAAUUAAGUUACCUGGUCUUGGACUAAGCGGAACUUUAGGUUACCAGCUAUCCUUGUCAGCUUUGACAACCCUAGACUUGAGUAACAACAAUAUUGGUAGCAACAUCCCGUACUCGCUUCCUCAAAAUUUGCAGCACUUAAAUCUUGCUAAUAAUAACCUCAAUGGGGGGAUACCUUACUCUCUUUCUGAUAUUACUUCUCUUAUAAGCAUGAAUCUCGGUCACAAUCAGCUCCAACAAGGACUGACUCUCAACUUUCAAAAGCUAACUUCCCUUUCUACAUUGGAUCUCUCUUUCAAUUCUUUAACAGGAGACCUCCCUCAAACUAUGAACUCACUUUCAAGCAUAACCACCAUGUAUCUACAAAACAACCAACUUACAGGAACCAUUAAUGUCCUUGCUGAUCUGCCCCUUGAAUCAUUGAAUGUGGAAAACAAUCACUUUACAGGCUGGAUACCAGAACAAUUGAAAAACAUAAACAUACAAAAGGAUGGUAAUUCGUGGAGCUCUGGACCGGCACCCCCACCUCCUCCUGGUACACCUCCAAUAACAAAAAAAAGCAAUACGCACAAGUCCGGUGGACAUAGUACCUCGCCGGCUUCUGGCACAAGUGAUGAAAGCAAAAAAUCCGGUAUAGGAGGUGGUGCCAUUGCUGGAAUAGUGAUCUCCAUCUUAGUUGUUGGGGCAAUAAUAGCAUUCUUUCUGGUGAAGAGAAGACCCAAGAAGUCAUUUAGAGAUGUUGAAAAGCUAGACAAUCAGCCCUUGGCUCCUCUUACUUCAAAUGAAGUGCAUGAAAUGAAUUCAACGCAAACUUCUUCCGUAAUUGACUUUAAGACAUUUGAUGAUACUUCUGCGGCCACAAUAAGUCUCAAACCCCCUCCUUCUGAUCUUCAUAAAUCAUUUGAUGAAGAUGAGUUUCCAAAGAAGCCAAUUGUUGUCAAGAAGACUGUGACAGCUCCUGCAAAUCUGAAAGCAUAUUCUAUAGCUGACCUACAGAUUGCUACUGGAAGCUUCAGUGUCGAUCAACUUCUUGGUGAGGGGUCUUUUGGACGUGUAUACCGUGCUCAAUUUGAUGAUGGGAAGGUUCUUGCUGUGAAGAAGAUAGAUUCAUCUGUCCUUCCUAACAAUUUGUCCGAGGAUUUUGUGGAAAUAGUUUCAAACCUCUCCCGUUUUCAUCAUCCCAAUGUGACGGAGCUUGUAGGUUAUUGUUCAGAGCACGGACAGCACCUCUUAGUCUAUGAGUUUCACAAAAGUGGAUCACUGCACGACUUCCUUCACCUCCCUGAUGAGUACACUAAACCAUUGAUAUGGAAUUCACGUGUCAAGAUUGCAUUGGGGAUCGCACGUGCUUUAGAGUACCUACAUGAAGUUUGUUCGCCAUCAGUUGUUCACAAGGACAUUAAGUCAGCCAAUAUAUUGCUUGAUGUUGAUUUUAAUCCUCAUCUUUCAGACAGUGGAUUGGCCAGCUAUAUUCCAAAUGCCAACCAGGUAUUGAACAACAAUGCUGGAUCUGGAUACGAUGCUCCGGAAGUUGGAUUGUCGGGUCAAUAUACUUUCAAGAGUGAUGUCUACAGCUUUGGAGUUGUCAUGUUGGAACUACUAAGUGGACGGAAACCAUUUGAUAGCUCAAGGUCAAGGUUUGAGCAGUCAUUGGUUCGAUGGGCGACGCCUCAACUCCAUGACAUUGAUGCAUUGGCUAAAAUGGUUGAUCCUGCACUAGAAGGACUAUACCCUGUCAAGUCUCUUUCUCGAUUCGCCGACGUUAUUGCCCUUUGUGUUCAGCCGGAACCUGAGUUCCGACCACCUAUGUCAGAAGUGGUUCAAGCAUUGGUUCGGUUAGUGCAGCGAACCAACAUGAGCAAACGAACAUUUGGAACUGAUCAAGGAGGAUCCAACCGAGGUGAUGAUCAAGAAACUCAAGACAUGUAAAUGGAAGCAAAAUAUUUGUGUUGAUAUGCAUCUCAUUUUCUUUGUUUUUUUAACCCUCUGACACUUACUCUGAGUGAUAUUGAUUUGUAUAAUUGAGGCUAGACAAAAUUAUUCAUGUAUGUUAUUCAGCUAUUUAUUUUAUUGGUGAUAAUAAUUAUACUGUUUGCAAAAUUAUUCAUGUAUGUCAUUGAGGGUUGCUUUUGUUGUUAA